UAUUUGUAGCAUUAAGUUGGGGAUAUAGUGGCGGAAAUGGAAUUUUCCGCGCUGUGCCAUGGCGCGAAAUCGGCCAUGCGUGAGACUUGGGAGGGGGGCGUGGCGAACGUAACUAUAGUAAGGUGAUUUCUUACACGUUUCUCGUCUUGAAAAUCCCAGUAAUUAAUUUUGACACAUAUUAUGAACCUAGAUGGUAUCGAGUCCAGAAUCGAGAAGUAUUGUUGAUGAGUUAAUGAGUUUAGCGGCAAGUAGGUGUAUUGUAACGUUGUAAAUAUGCCUGUUUGGAAAAAGGAGGGAUUGUCAACAUAUGCAGGAUUCUGUAAUCUUUGCCUGCUGGUUUAUUGCCUUUCACUUAUUGUCAAUUUUGUGCUUACAUGUAGGUUGUCCUGAGGUUCAGUUGAUCCAAGAGAAACCUGUGGACUUCUGUCAAAAAUGCAGCAGAUGAUGGAUCAGAGAUACCUUGACACAGAGUGAACUACUCGACUCGACUCUAUUCUACUCUACUCUACUUUACUCUUCUCUACUCUACUCUACUCUACGCUGCGCCAAAAGUAAAAACUUUUGCAGGCACCAUGGCAACAGUCGGGGAUGUGCUUGACUUCUGCGGCCAGCACAAACAGCUAAAGAUGAAAGAGAAGAUGGAGCUGCUCAAGGAAACGUUCUCUUCCAUUGACAGCAAAGCAGAACCAAAACAGCUCUGGAACAGUGUCACACGCGUUGCAGGGAGAAGAAAGAAAUUGUCAAAGGAGAAAAAACACCAGAAACUGAAAUCUCUCUUAAAAGAGACUUUCAAUUCCCCAAAGCAAAACCAAACUCCACAGUCUCGAGCUCCAUGGACACCGAGAAAGAAGAAACUUGCAAAGCAUCUGGAAGAAGCAAGAAAGGCCAACAAACAUUUGAAGAAGAAACUGGGUAGUGCAGAAGAAUGGAAGAACAAUAUGCAGUGUGUGCAAACAGAGCUGGAGACUUUGAUCAGUGAAUAUACAUCUGCUGUGCAAGAAUGCGACAAGAUCACUGAGGACACAGAAGAGAAAAUGAAACUGAUGAACAACAACAAUGGCGAGCUGGAAAAGUACAUCAAGGAAAUAGAGAAUGCUUUUGACUCUCAAUCAAAAAAGUUACAAGACGCAACAGAAAAACUGAGCAAGUGGAAUGUAAGGAACUUCAACAAAAGGGAGAAGUCAAAAAAAAAGAAGAUCUCAAUCUGUGAAGAAAAACUGAAACAUCAAGAUACACUCAUAGCAGAGAUGAUGGCAAGGAUUAAGGACUUAGAAGUCACCAACAAAAAGCUGACUACAGAAAAGGUCCACCUACAGAAGAAAGCCUCAACACUGAAAGCAAAGCUGAAAAUGGAAAGUCCACAAGCUAUCGUGUGUGCUAACACAGAAAAGAUAGACAAACUGGAGCAAGAGAAGCGUGAGCUAGAGGAAGAAAACACCAUGUUAGAAGAUACAGUGAAAGCAAUGAAAACACUUGAAACCAAACAUGACAAGGGAUAUACAAACCAGAUAAGGGAAGUUGUGAUAGAUCUGCUGUCCAAAAAUGUGAGUGUCAAGCAUGUUAGUUCUGUGAUAAGAACAGUUUUGGAGAAACUGGCAAAGAUGAACAUCACAGGACAUUUACCUUCUGAGACUUUGAUCAGAACUUUGGCUGUUGAAGGACGAAUGCUCUCAGUGAUACAGGCAGGCAAAGCCAUGCUGGAGGGUCAUGCAACACUUCACAAUGACGGGUCAACACAGGAGAAAAAGAAAUUCAACACUACAAGUGUGACCACUCCAUCAGGAACCCUGUCACUAGGACUCUACGAGAUGGCCGAGGAGAAUGCACAGGCUGUGUUCGAAGGCAACAAGCAGACGCUGAAGGAGGUAGCGGAAAUUCUGGCAAAAUUUGACAAUACUGACCCAGAAAUGGAACUGACCAAUCUGUUAUCAAUGAUAACAUCAACAAUGUCGGACAGAGGUUCAGUAAUGAAAGCAUUUAACAGUGCUUUUGAAGAGUGGAGGGGGGAGAUAAUCAAGGACACGUCAAGCUCAGUAGAGAAAGUCAAUAACUUUUAUUGUUAUAUGCACGUCCUUAUCAACAUGGCUUCUGUUGCACUUGAUGCAUUAAAAUGUUUUGAUGUGUGCGCCAUUGAAAAGAAAGGCAUGCCAACCAAAAAUGGAAGGGCUGUCACUGAGGAUGCACUGUAUGCAGCUUGUCGCACGUUUCAAAAACAGUGCGAUGAAAGAACGGGGCAAGCGGCGGCUUUCCAGGCUUUCCUGUAUGGGAAGGAGCCAGGUAGAAAGUGCCAGUUUUCCAAAUUAAUCGGGAAUAGAUGCAACAUCCAAUUUGUGAAUGGUGCGGCCUUCUUCUUUCACUUAGAGGACAUGAGGGAGUUCUUAGAAAUCUGGAAAGGUGGUGGUACCCUAAGUAUGUCCCACUCUUGUCUGCAGCAGCACUUAUCCAACAAAGUUGCUAUCGCUGGAUGCAGGGCGCUAGGUAUCCUGGAGAAGAGAGUGACCACGCCAAUGUGGCGAGAAAUCUUAGCUGCUACCAACAUCCUCGAUCUGAACAGACAGUCUCUCACAAUGAGAGCGGAAUUCCUUAGACUAUCAGAGGACUCAUCAGAACUACUUGUGCCUGACAAUAAAACCAUAUUUCCCGGCCGGGAGGUGGUUGAUGAGGAUGAUGUGUGCCAUGCCCUUUUUAAAGAUUCUGAGGAUGCUGAGCUGGAUGCUCUCACCAUCAGUGCCCUGGAGCUGAUCUUCUCGUCCUGGGUGAUUCUGAUAGAAAAACAGCUCACCGACUACUUACCUGGAGGAAUGUAUGAUAAUCCUGAUGAAAACCUGAAACAGAAAUCUAAACAUGUUCCCACAACAAAUGUCACAUGUGAAAGAAGCAUUGGGUACCGAAAUAGGUUACACCAGCUGAAACCAUCUGCAAAGACCUUACACAUCGAAUCACUGCUUCUACUCUCUACAAACCACACAGUAGACUGGCUGGGAAAACUGUCUGAAGAUGACAAAGAACGUGCAUUAGAGACAGCUCGAAAAGCUGCUCCAGGAUGCAUCAAGAAGCAGAAAGAACGAGAACAGGAAAUUCUGAGCCACCGCCUCGAACUGCUGAGGCAGAAACAAGAUGAGAAGGAAAGAAAGAUAAGAAGGGUAUCCCAGGAGAAAUCCAAGAUUUGUGAAGCAGUAAGGCAAGGUGGCGGUGAAUGGAAGACUCCAGAGGAGGUUGAGCAGAGACUCUGUGAGUGUGCAACUGAUUCAAAGAAGAAAGAGAAGAUCCUUGCACAGCUCAGAUUUCACAAAGUUGUUCUGGAGGACCCUCUACCAACAGACAAAAGAUACUUGGUUCAACAACAGAUGACUGUGAAUGGGUCGGUGAAAAAGUUUUCAAUGUCAGAACUAAAGGAAAACUUGCUUGAGCUGAUAGGUAUGAACACUUUAAGAUGCAAUAACAACAAUGAGGAGGAUGAAGAUGAGGACUCAGAUCAGGAAGUUGCACAGGGUACAAAGUACAUGGCUAUGGACAGACGACUAGAACUGAUACAGGCAGAAAAAGCAAAACUGAAGAAGAAGCGAGACAAGCAAAGAGAGAGACUUUAGGAAUUUGUUUGAUUAUAUUUGUUGUAAUAUGGCUUUGAUCAGAAGACUUGAACUGAUAAAGCAAAAGUGAAGAAGCGAGACAAGCAAAGAGAGACAGUAGGAAUUUGUUAAUAUUUGAUAUAAUAUAUAUAGAUACAAUAGUAUUCACAUGUUUCUGCAGAAAAAAAGAUAUGACUUGUAAAAAUUAUGUAAUUAAUAUGCAAAAAAGUAAUUGAUGUUAAUUAUUUAUUUAUGAAGUGGAUGACAAAAAGUUUAAUAAGUAAUCUUGAAGUAAUUAAGUCAAAAACAGUUGAAAACAUAGUAUAAGUGCAUUUUUCUCAAAGCCAUGAAUUGAUUGGAUUAUUAUUUAUUAUAUGCAUUAUUGGUCUAAUUAAUAUGCAAAUAUGCUAAAUGAUUAUACAACAAGAAUUGGUAUGAUAACUUGAACUUGCUGGUCACCCAUGCUGUGUCAGCUGCCAAUUGUAUAAUAUAUGUAUUUUUUUAAAUGUAUCUUCUGUAAUUUAUGAAAGCUGCAGUGAUUAGAAUGCUGAAAUUGGAUUAUUUAUAUUAUUUACCUUAUAAAUAUUGCAAAACACUAAUCAUAUACUAAUUAGAAUACUUAAAAUCAUCUAUUUGUUAGCUAUAUUGUGACAGCUGCCAGUUCCAUUACUCUGUUUAGAGGUGGGCAUAAAGAAAGUGUGUAUGUAGAUGAUGUCUAUCCAAUUUGAUGCUUUUGUCUAAUUAAUAUGCAAAUAUGCAAAUCAGUCAUUACAUAAGAAUUUAAAUACAACUGACACUUUGCUGAUCAUGUAGUGACAGAUGUCUGAGGUAACCUGAGAGAGAAAUGUAGCUUGAAUGUGUAGAGGAUACUUGAAUAUAGUAUGUGAUAUUAACCUAAUUAGUAUGCAGACAUACUAAUUUCAAUAAUUAACAUAAUCAUUUACUAAUUAUAGACUAAGUGUACUGUCUACUUGCUGGAUUUGGUUAGACAGUUGCAUCAACUUGAAUGUCUGUUGGUGUUAAGAAAAUAAAUCUAUGCUAAUGAUGCAUA